AUGAGUACUGGUGCUGGCGAGCAAGGUACUGUGAGAAUGAGGGAGAGACAGUUUGCGCUAGAGAAAUACGUCUCAACCUCUGGAGAAAAUUCGAGAACGCCUGUAAUAUGUACAAAGCCAACUGUCGGCACGGAUACGGAGAUAGAUCCGCUAGCGUUACAACGAUUCGCAGAGUUUAAUUGCUUCAAGUUAAAAACUUGCACUCGGGGAGGUACACCUGUUUGCGGUUUUGACGACACCCGUAGAGUAUUAGCUCAGUUUGAAGACAUGUGCACACUCUAUCAGGUUAACUGCGAAGGAAAAGGCGUAUUUAUGUACGUGGAAGAAAAUAUUUGCGAAGGACAGAAACGAUUUGAACUUGAAUACAAGCCAUUUGACGAAAAUUCUAAGUAUUUUAUUGGUUAA